CCUGGUAAGGAUGCAAGCAAGAGAACGGUGAAAGUUCGAAGGUGCAUAAAAUUGCAGACAUAUAAAGCUUCGAAGAGACCCGCCGUACUCCUGCAAAUCAGCGGGUGCUUUCAGGGACUAAGGAACCAUGGCUUCUCGCGCCCCCAGGAUGCUGGCGGUCCUCCUGGUGCUCCUCGCGGGGACGGCCUCCGGCAUCAAGUUCAAAGGCUUCGGCGGCGGCGGCAAGAAGGGCGGCGGCGGCUACGGCGGCGGCAAGACCGUCUACCUGAUUCCCGUCCAGAUCCCGCUCUACCAGCCCUACAGCGGCCACGGCGUCGGAGGCAGUUAUGGCGGAGGCGGAUUCGGAGGCGGGCACGGAGGCGGAUUCGGAAGCGGGCACGGAGGCGGAUUUGGAAGCGGUGGGUAUGGAGGAGGCGGAUUUGGCGGUGGCCACGGAGGCGGAUUUGGCGGAGGAGGAUUCGGAGGAGGUGGCUUAGGAGGAGGAGGAUAUGGCGGAGGUGGUUUCGGCGGCGGCCAUGGAGGAGGAAUCGGAGGAGGUGGAUUCGGCGGCGGCCAUGGAGGAGGAAUCGGAGGAGGAGGAUAUGGAGGAGGUGGCCAUGGAGGAGGAAUCGGAGGAGGUGGAUUCGGAGGCGGCCACGGAGGCGGUGGAUUCGGAGGCGGCCACGGAGGAGGUGGAUUCGGAGGCGGCCACGGAGGAGGUGGAUUCGGAGGAGGAGGAUAUGGAGGAGGUGGCCAUGGAGGAGUAAUCGGAGGAGGUGGCCAUGGAGGUGGACACGGAGGCAGCGGCGUAUUUAUCGAUGGAGGCGGAAUCGGAGGCGGCCAUGGAGGAGGAAUCGCGGGAGGAGGCUAUGGAGGAGGUGGCCACGGAGGCGCUGGUGGGUUCGUGGAUGGAGGCGGACACGGAGGAGGAUUCGGAGGCGGACAUGGAGGAGGGGGAUUCAUCGACGACCACGGGGCUGGCGCUGGAGGCGGAUACGGAGGCGGAGGCGGAGCUGGACACGGAGGAGGAUUCGGAGGCGGCGGUCACGGGGGCGGCUUUGCGACCGGAUUCUCGAAUGGCGGAGGUGGAGUAGUGACAUCAUCGCACGGAGGCGGCGGUGGAGGAUACCACAAGUAGAGGAUCCCGGAGACUCCUCACAUAUUUUUUCGUCCUUUCUUUCUUUCUUCUUUUUUGUAUUCCUUUUCAAAAAUUUUAAAUAAAAAUUUAGUACCA